GAGAGGGAGAGAGAGAGGGAGAGAGGGAUAGAUCGGAGCAUUAGAGAGAGAGGGAGAGAGAGAGGGAGGCUGCAGAUAUCGGUGGCUUUAACAAUGGAGGGUUAGGAUCCAGAGAGGUGAUAGUCAGCCAUAUACAACACGGCUGAGGGGUGAAGCUAUUUGAGGAGGUGGGAGGAGGAGGAGGAGGAGGAGGAUGGGCCUCGAACACAGACUUGCAAUGGCACUGCAAAAAUUGGAUUAAAGCAGUAUGCUGGACAAGAGCGAAGUGGCAACUCUAGGCCUACCCUCCACCACCAGCCAUGGAGGCUCUGACAGUAACAUCAGCACGGACGGAGCGGCGGCGGCAGCGGCGGCAACAACAGCAGCAGUGUCUGGGGUCAUGGCCUGCGGGGGCGCAGAAGGUUUUGGAGUUGGCGAGCCGCAACGGACCCGUGCUGCGUUGGAGCAUCUGCAGCAGAAGGUCCUGAAGGUCACCGAGCAGAUUCGCAUAGAGCAGGAGGCCCGUGACGACAACGUCGCCGAGUACCUGAAGUUGGCCCACAACGCAGACAAACAGCAGGCGUCCAGGAUCAAGCAAGUGUUUGAGAAGAAGAACCAGAAGUCAGCCCAGACCAUCGCACACUUGCACAAGAAACUAGAGCACUAUCACAAGAAGCUAAAGGGGAUAGAACAGAAUGGACCGGCCCGGCAGCCUAAGGAUGUCCUGCGGGACAUGCAGCAGGGACUGAAGGACGUCGGGGCCAACGUUCGUGCUGGGAUAAGUGGUUUCGGAGGCGGAGUAGUCGAAGGGGUCAAAGGUGGAGUGUCUGCCUUCAGUCACACGGCCGUGGUCUCCAAGCCCAGAGAGUUCGCCAGUCUUAUCAGGAACAAGUUUGGCAGCGCAGAUAACAUUUCUCACCUAAAAGACUCACUUGAGGACGGAGUCGGGGGCCACUCGGACGACGCCCCGACACCUCGUGCACUGAGUGGAAGUGCCACUCUGGUGUCCAGCCCAAAGUACGGCAGCGACGACGAGUGCUCAAGCGCCACGUCGGGCUCCGGAGCAGGCAGUAAUUCCGGUGGUGCAGGUGGAGGAGGGGGACUGUUAGGACCAACCAUGGGGAGCCCCAGACUGGACGGGCACCACCACCACCACCAUCACAUGCACAGCUCCUGGGACUCGCUACUCGAGGGCCUGCAGGAGAUCAAAGCCAGCCAGGCGCACAUGGAGGACGCCAUCGAGGACAUGAAGGGCCAACUGCAGAGUGACUACUCCUACAUGACACAGUGCCUGCAAGAAGAGCGAUACAGGUAUGAGCGACUUGAAGAGCAGCUGAAUGACUUAACAGAGCUGCACCAGAACGAGAUGACUAACCUUAAACAGGAGCUCGCCAGCAUGGAGGAGAAAGUCGCCUACCAGUCCUACGAGAGAGCAAGAGACAUUCAGGAGGCCGUGGAGUCGUGCCUGACCCGCAUCACCAAGCUGGAGCUGCAGCAGCAACAGCAGCAGGUUGUCCAGUUGGAGGGAGUGGAGAACGCCAACGCUCGAGCUCUGCUGGGCAAACUCAUCAACGUCAUCCUGGCGCUCAUGGCCGUGCUGCUGGUCUUCGUCUCCACCUUGGCCAACUUCAUCACGCCGCUGAUGAAGACCCGAGCCCGGGUGGCCGCCACCGUCCUGCUGACCUUGCUGCUGUUCGUGCUGUGGAAGCAGUGGGACUUUGUGGAGCCGUGGCUGCUGCCCAGCUGAGCUCCCUGAGAGAGACUCCAGUGGGGGUGUCACAAACUCCGUCACCACCACUGAAGGAUUCAGAGACUGAAAUAGAACGAGGGCCUCUGCGCUUGUGAAGGUGGAGCAUCUGAGGACAAAACAUGGCACUUUGAGUGGAGGAUUGGACGAGAUCCGGCCUGCAGAGAGUGUUGAGAGGUGUUUACAGUCGAAAAGAACAAAAAUUCUCUGCUUGCCAAGCGACAAAAGACAUCAUCUCAUCAAAUCUAUUGGUGUUGAUGACCAAUCAUCGAUUGCAUUGCUGUCACCAAAAACUGCAAGAAAUCUUUGGAUCAUCUUUUUUCUAGUUAUUUAUGAUACAUGAAUUACAAAGACUAGAGCAACUAAAUAAUGACUUUAAAAUGCUGAUCAUGUUCGCCGUAACCUUCAUGUUGAAGCUAUAGUAUAUUUGAGAGGAAAAAGGUUUUUUUUCAUGAAUGUUAUGUGCUCAUGCAUGUCCUCAUAUGUGCACUAAGAUGCAUCUAGCUGGCAUGAGUUAACAUUUCAUUAAAUUAAUCUUCUAUAACUGCCGUUUUGUUGUCAGAAAUACAGUGCAGAUAUGUUGUAUCACUCCUGGUUUGUUUCACAUCCUGUUCUGGUGUUGAAGCAGUGCUUUUAGAUGCGUUUCUCUCUUUUUGUCUUUUUCUAGAAGUCGAAUGAACUGUUUAAAAAAGAAAAAACACGCUGAUAUCUGCGACAAUUUCACCUUAAUAAUUCAAUCAUGUGAAAUCUGUUCUGUCCAUAAAUGCUAUUUCAUAACCACUAUUGUAGAACUGCUAAUGUCCACGGUGUCAAAUUAACUGGCAUGUCAAAUUGUAUCAAAGUUUAUAUCCAGUUUGCAAAAAAUAAGUACUACUGCUGUUUUAUUAAACAAUGUAAGAAAUAAAUGAUUUCAUAUAUUAGACUUGAA